CUUACUUUCACCUCAAGCACCAGCUCCCAUAUGUCUUGUAUCCAGCUCAGACUACCGCUGAGAGUUUGUUGAAUGUCACUAGGGACUAUUCCAGCUCUCCCUUGGGUUCGCGAUGAGCAUGAACUGCCGCGCCGGCUUCCAACGAUAGAUGAGAUCGAAGCAGCUUCCAUAGAAUUCCCUAGCAUAUUCGAUUCAAGUUCUCGGCGGAUCAUCCGGAUCGACGAAGUUUUUGUUGUCAAAUAUGGACCCGCAGUCUUUGAGAAUGAAGGCCACGCGUUACUAGCUUUAGAGAAGACACAGAGCAUCCCUGCUCCUCGUCUCUAUGCCAUGUAUCGACAAGAUGGGAAGCUGUAUAUCAUCAUGGAGUACAUACCUGGUCACCGACUUAGUGAUAUAUGGCCCUCCUUAUCAGAAAAUGGAAAAUCAUCCAUCGUGAACCAUUUGCGCGAGAUAUUUGACAAGUUACGGGCCCUCCCAUCUCCUGGGACUUUCGGCGGUGUUCUUGGGGGGCCACUUCCGCACCGCUACUUUUUCUCCUCCGAGAAAGACCCGCAUAUUAUCGGACCCUUUAACACGGAGGAUGAUGUCUAUCGCGCUCUUGUCUUUAAAUCUAAGAAGAAUUGGAAGUUGUGCGCGCGACGAGCUUACGUGGCGGAGCUCUUCGAUCGCCACCGGCAGGCUAUGUUGAGCGGUCAUAACAGCGUAUUUACGCACGCGGAUUUUCAGCGGAAAAACAUUCUUGUUCGAGAACGGUGCGACUCGUCUAGCAGCAUCGAUGGAGGAGAUUCUAAGAGAUCGUUCGAAGUCGCUGCUGUUCUAGAUUGGGAAUCUGCAGGCUGGUAUCCUAGCUAUUGGGAUUACUCGCUAUGUUUCACUUAUUUUGACUGGUCGGAUGAUUGGCUUGAGAAGGUGGAAAGAAUCCUCGAUCCAUGUGUUCCCCAAGCUGCACUAAUGAGGUUGGUAGGACAGGACUUGGACUUAUAGUUAGCGUUGCAGAAUUAGCCAUCCAUCUCCGAUAGAAUAAAAUAAAAAUCAAAAAAAAAUCAGGGGAUAGAACAAGAAGAAAACCCAGUGCCCAGAAUACAAACUAUAGCAGGGAC